CAAACAACAACAACAAAAACGCAGGCCGCUGAUGUAGUUUCCAUGAAAGAAAGCAUCAAUAAUGGAUCUUCCGAGGAACCUGAACCCAGAUAGUGCCGCUACGGUAUCCCGGAAACGCCUUAUACAUCGGUUUUGCCGGUUGUGCCUGCGCGAGUUUCCGUUUCUGCUACCAUUUAAAGCAACUCUGAAUGGUACAACCCUCGCCGGGAUGCUGGAGCGAUUGCUGGGGGGCUUCCAGGUGGCACAAACGCAUGAUCUCCCGGACCACAUUUGCUCCCGCUGUUUGGCGAAACUUGACUUUGCGUACCAUGUACAACUGGAACUGGUCCGGAACGAACACAGGCUGAAACACUUCCUCCAGAGUGGGCAGCUGGUGCAGCAACUCUUUGAUUUUCAAAAUAAUCAUUCGGCGGUGCGGCGGGAAAGCCACGCAGACAAACUACUCGCUUUGCACGGUACCACACUGCUCGGGGAAAAGGUGGUGGUAUCGGAGGGGAAAGAAGUGCCAGGCAUGCAGCUAGCAGAGUUGGAAGCGGCAAAACUUUACAAACCAGAGCCACCUUCCUGCACGACUCCAUGUGACCACGAGACCACCGAGACCACCGAGACCACCGAGACCACACCGCAUCCCUACUCACAACCCGCUGGUUCGCUGCAGCUACCGAAGCGGACACUACGCAACCGACAAACUCUACGGGAAGCAAUCAAGCGUGGCAGUACGGGCGGGAUGAAAACGAUGCCGAUCGAUAUGACAAAAUGCUACAUUUGUGAGACAACGACGGCGAGUGAAGCCGAUCUGCGGGAUCACAUCGCAUCCCACGUCGAUUUGCUACCUCACAGCUGCCCGGGGUGCAGUAAAGAGACAGAAGAGGUAAAGCCGAUUACCUCGUUGGUGACCCUGCUUCGUCAUUACCGGAUGCACUCGUAUCCCCUCAAAUGCCCCAACUGUCCGCAGCGCUUUUUGCGAUACGGUAGUGUGUACGCACACGUCCGCUAUCGGCACGAGCUGUUUGAUAAUCCGGAAGGAUACACCUGCGAAGUGUGUGGACUGACGAUCAAGUAUCGGCCCACGUUUAUGUACCACAUGCGGAACCAUUACCACGAACAGAUGGGCACGUUUCGGUGCAGCUUUUGCGAUCGACCCUUCGGAACUAAGGCGCGUCUCGAGCGCCACGAGAGAUCGCAUACGGGCGAGCGACCGUUCGCUUGUCGCUUGUGUCCGAAAACGUUCGCACAUCCGGGCCAGCUGACGGUGCACCGGUCACGGCACAUAAACGAACGUGGCCACCGGUGCAUUGAGUGUGGCAAAGCCUUUUACACUCGAACGUUGCUUAAACAACACCAGCUAUCGCACGAUCGGGAAGCGGGAAAAUCGCAGGAUGCGGAAAAGCGUUCGGCGCGGUCCGAGCCGCGUCCCUGCACGUAUCCUGGUUGUCAGCAUGUGGGUGCCACUUAUCAGGCUUACUACUUACACCGAUUGCGACACAUCAUGGCACACGAAUGCGAGGAAUGUGGCCGUCGGUUUGCACGGCUGAGUGAGUUACAGCGCCAUCAGAGGAUCUAUCACAGCGCCGAACAUCCGUAUCGGUGCGACCAGUGUGAUAAGGUAUUCCUGAGCAGACAAACCUACCGGGAACACAUGGACGCACACGCGAACAUUCGGCGCUACGCGUGCGAAAUGUGCGACAAGAAAUUCGUGAGACGCCGGAAUCUGUUAAACCACCAGAAGGCACACACGAACCAGCGGCCUUUCAAGUGUGAGCUGUGUGAAAGCGCCUUCAAGUACAAAAGCGAUUAUAAUCGGCAUCAAAGGGACAGGCAUCGGGUGGAGCCACCCGCGGUGGAUGAGGAAGAACGGGAAGAGGAACCGCGAGACGGCGGAUCAGCCAGCGUUAGCAACAUCGUCCUCAUAGCGGACCAUUCGAUGGAUAAAGGGGAAAUUCUGCGGAAGGCGCUCGAGCAGCAAAUAUUAGUGGAAGAUGAUCUGCAAGGUCAGGUAUCGUACAUUGGAGAGGACGUUACAAAGUACGAAGAGAUUGAAACUGUUGAGGAGUCGAUCGUGUUUGAACAACCGGUGGGGUCGCUGGAAAUUGAGGACGAGCCAAAGCGGGAGUACAUCAUUGAAUACAUUCAGCAGAACUUUCUGAACCGUGAAUCGCCGGUUCAAAAAAUGGUUUUGAUAAAGCAGGAAAACGUUGAGAAAAGUGUAAGGACGGGCGCAGAGGCAGUGCGUGCCACCAGCGUCGACGAUUUCUGCCGAAUUUGCUUGUUGAAGCGAUCCAAGCUGAUAUCGCUGAUGGAGCGAGUCGAUGGCGUGAUGAUACCGGAGAUGCUGUACAAGCUGUGCGGAACGCAGAUCGAAGUGAUCGAUCGGUAUCCCCGUCGGAUCUGUGAACCCUGUCUGGACGCGCUAGAUACGGCCUUUAGCUUCUUGAGUCAGUUCCGGCAGCAGGACGAACGGCUGCGCAGUUUCUACUGGAACGGACCGUUGGUGGCCCAGUUGGAAACCUACCAACUCGAAGGCGAGCGCGAUUACGCCAAACGUCUGCAAGAGCUACAGUCCCGAAGCAGUAGUAACAAUGCAGAAGUGGAAAGUGCAUCGAAUGCAAAGGAAUACUCUUCAAAGGCGACCGAAACGGAGCCGGUUGUACCGGUGGAAACGGCCGAUAUGGCCACCAACACCGAGGAUCGUGUAAAUGUAGGACUACUGGAACUCCCGAAACAAGAGCAAGAUGAAGAGCAGAGUGCAUGGGAAGUGAGCGAAGGAGUUGAAUAUGACGAGGUCGAUAUUGAAGAGGAUUCCAAUCAAGAGGUGAUCGACGAAUCGGUAACAGCCGAACGAGCCGAUUCAAGCGACGCCUUGGUUUCUAUGGAGAUCGAUUUUUUAUCCAACUUAAACGGUCAGCGUGACGACGGGAAGGAAAACAAGCGGCAACUUCGAUCCAUGAUCAGGCAUCAACGAGUUGUUGUGGAAGACGAUCCGAGGGGAAUCGCUUAUGAGGUGGAAAUGCUCAGCGAUUCGGAGAGCCUGCACACUAUCGAGGCCGAGCUGGAUCAAAAUGUGGACGACGAAACCGUAGACCAGCUAGUACCGUGCCAUAUUUGCGAGUUCAUGGCACCAGACGAUGAUGAUCUGCAGGAGCACCUGGCAGUGCAUGCCGAUCUGUUACCCUACACAUGCCAACGGUGCGUAAAGGCAGGCAGCAAUUUGGAACCGUUGACCAUAUUGGAGGAUCUGCGAGAUCAUCUGCAUUGGCACAGCCUGGGCUACGACUGCAAGGACUGUGGGAAACGGUUUACCUCCGAGAAGAAAUACGCGAAGCAUCGCGACACGCACCAUAGCGGCGAUCUGGUUUGUGAGGAGUGUGGAAAACAGUUUCGAAUCCGGAAAAGCUGGAGGAAUCACAUGCAGCGCCAUGCGGCAGUACGGCGCCAGAAGUACAAGUGCGAACAGUGCCAGAAAACGUUCUCCAGUCGGCACCGAUUGGUGCGCCAUUUGCGUAUCCAUUCGGGGGAAAAGCCGUACGCCUGUUCCCACUGCGAUCGGCGAUUUAUUGACCAUCAUCGACGGCAACGACAUUUCGAUAGAGCUCACGGAUCGGGAGAAAUCGGAUGCUUCCAGUGUGAAUGUUGUGGCAACAGCUUUAAAACAUCUCGGCAACUAGAGCGGCAUAGUGUCACCGAGCACAUGAGCCUGGAGGAGCAGCAGGAGUACCGUGAGCUGCGCAAACAACGGUACGAGAAUCAGGUGGGCCAAUUCCCAGAGGACCAUUGUCCGUUCCCUGGCUGUGACUACAAGGCUAGAACUUAUGGUGCAUUGUACGUGCACAAGCGCGCGAAGCACAUCAUACUGCACCAGUGUGAGGUGUGUGGCAAAAAUUUCCCCUUCAAGAACCAGCUAAACAUACAUAUGACUCUCCACACGGGCGAGAAACCGUACGAGUGCGAAGAGUGUGGUCGCACCUUCCGGCGUCUUUUUAGCUAUCGGGAGCAUGUAGAGCAGCAUCGGUCCGAUAAAACCUACCCAUGCACCGUGUGCGGUAAAACCUUCCGGAGACCACGCUAUCUGCAGGCACACAUUCUGACGCAUUCCUCCGAGAAACCGUUCACCUGCGUCCAAUGUCCCAAUCGGUACAAGACACGGGGCGAGCUGAAGAAACACUGCCGAGCGAAACAUCAGGACGAGCUGAUUCCAUUGCAAGGCGUCGAAAUGCGGGAGGAAAUAGUCGAAGAAGAGUACGUCGAUGGAUUUGAAUAGCGAAACACGACCUUACCAAAGCAAAGUGCAACACCGGUGGUACCGGCGUAGGAUUGAUGUUUAAUUACUAUCUUAUAUUAUCUGGCUUGAUGUGCUGGUCUUACACGUUAUAUUAUCUGGCUUGAUAUCAAUG